AUGCGAGGGAGCUAAAAAGAAUGCGGUGGAUUAUGCAUGCAAGGAAUAUUCCGAGUGUGUCACCCAGACAAAGGGCCCAUACCUGGUUACUAUUGCAAGUGUAAGAAAGGCUACGAAGGGAACCCAUACAUCGGUUGCCAAGAUAUUGACGAGUGUUUGGCUGAAAUUAACCCAUGCGGGAAUGGAACGUGCCAAAAUUCACCUGAAAGUUACUCUUGUAAAUGUAAUAAAGGGUUCAAAAAUGAUGGUCCUCAGAAGUGCAUUGCUCGUCCCACGGCAAACAACACUCCCCUGAAAAUUUCAUUGGGCAUUUGUAUUGGCUUCUUUGUUUUAUUAGUCAUAAUUUUUGGGUUAUAUCGCGAAUACAAGAGAAGACAGUUCAACCAAAUGAAAAAAAAGUACUUUGAAGCAAACGGAGGGCCGAAAUUACAACUACAAUUAAAGCAAUUGGCUAGUCAAAAAGAAUCUCUUGCGACCCAAAUCUUUACUGCUGAACAACUUAAGAAGGCAACAAAGGAUUACGAUGAAAAUGAAAAAAUUGGUGAAGGAGGUUAUGGAAUAGUCUACAAAGGCGUACUCGAUGAUAAAAGAGAGGUUGCAAUAAAGAUGUCCAAAAUGACUGCCCAGGUCAAAAGUGAUCAGUUUAUUAAUGAGGUCAUCGUUCUUUCUCAAAUCAGUCAUAGAAAUGUGGUGAGGCUGCUAGGCUGUUGUUUGGAGACAGAAACGCCUAUGCUAGUUUACGAGUUUGUUGGUAAUGGAACUCUUUAUGACCACAUUCAUAAAAAGAAAGGACAACCACUUUCAUUUGCACAACGAUUGAAGAUAGCAGCAGAAACUGCGACGGCACUUUCAUACUUACAUCACUCUACCACCAUGCAAAUUGUUCAUCGAGAUGUCAAGGCAACGAAUAUACUGUUGGAUGAGAAACUUACCGCCAAAGUGUCGGACUUCGGAGCUUCAAAACUGGUUCCUGACGACAAAACUCAACUUUCAACUUUAGUGCAGGGGACAAUGGGAUACUUGGACCCUGAAUAUCUUCAAUCCAACACACUAACAGAAAAGAGUGACGUUUAUAGCUUUGGAGUUGUCCUCGUGGAGCUAUUGACAAGCGAGAAUGCAGUUCGUUUCGAUAAACCCGAGGCAGAGAGAAACCUGGCCAACGUCUUUGUUUCUAUAAUUGAAGAAAAAGGUCUGCGCGCGCUGGGUCCAAUUCUUGAUGAUGAAAUAGUCAAGGAUGGAAAUUGGGAGAUCAUCGAAAAAGUUGCCAAUCUUGCCAAAAGAUGCUUAAGUGUGAAAGGAGACGAAAGGCCUACCAUGAAACAAGUAGAGAGGGAGCUAGAUGAAAUACUGAGAACUUUGGCAAAGCAACCCGGGGGAAAGAAGCUUUAUGCCUCCUCUUCCAAAGAGACGGACACCUCUCUUGAGUCACAUUCAAACGAUUACAAUGUGGAGAUUAGUAAUGAAGGCGAUGGUGGUUCUACUGGCAUUAUUAGCAGUGCAGAGUAUGACGCCAGCAUGCAAAAUCAAGCCCAAAAGCCGUCCGGUUAUGGUCGAUAAAUAUUUUUCGGCCUUUUUUAAUUGUGUGUGUUCUCUCUAUUCCAAUUUGAUCAUUCCCGUGUCUUGUAAAAUAAAAGGUACAUGAGUAGUCAUGAAUGCA